GAUUACGUUUUACGUUAUGUAUUAAAUAUUACGGUGCCAGUAUGACUCGAUGUGCCUUGCCUACCAUAGAUCCAUGAAUCCAAUAAAUGCCUGAAGUUUACUCGAUCAUUCCAAGUUCCGCUGUCGGCAUCUUUUACCAUCUAACUCGAGUGGAUUCGAUUAACACGCUCUGCUCUGAUUUCUCUCCUUUUCCAAACAUCGCUCCAAAAUUAUUACCAAUGGUGAAUUGUCAUAAGUGAUCCUACAGUGGGAAUCAAAAGAGAUUUGUGUCAAGUUUUCACAUGAAAAGUGACGAGAAAUGUGUACAUAACGAUCAACCUCCCCUUGAUUGACGUUUAUUCGUGAAUUCUAAUCGAUAAUCUCCGAAGUGAAGUUCUGUCUGCCAAGGCAUCCUUAUAUCAUUUUUGUGUUAAUGUAUUUUACAGUCACAUUACUAAAAGCACAGUGAUAGAGGUAGCAGAUAUAUAGGGUGCCACAGUUUUUCUUUUCUCUUUCUAACUGUGGGACAUUUACACUUACAAACAGAGAAAACUUCCAGCUUUCCGAAUUCACUGCAGAGAGCCACGUUUCAAUUUAUACUCCUCCUGGACUUUAUCAAAUUGCAUAAAACGAACAUCGUGAAAUUUUAAAAAUUGUACGAUUUUUCUAUGGAAUAGAAGAACUUCGAUUGCCAAAGAUUAAGUGUCACAAUAACAAUCGAGUACACUCGCGAAUAAUCGAUCUACUCGUACUCUAAAGUGAAGUGAAAUUAAAAAAGAAUCAAGAAUGAAGCUGCUAGCGAUAAUUUGCCUCUGUACAAUAUUAUCAACGUGCCAUGGAUAUCGAAUAUUGGGCGUGUUUCCGUUCAAUGCGAAGAGCCACUUCGUGAUGUUCGAAUCUCUGAUGAAGAAUCUGGCCAAAACGGGCCAUCAGGUGGACGUGAUAGGCACGCUUCCGUUGAAGAAACCGUUCCCGAAUUACACGGACUUGGUCACGUUUGAAACUCACAUAAAUUUCAUGAACAACGUCACUUACCAGGAAAUCUGGAAAGAAGGAAAGGCACCAGGGAUUAAAUUUUUGGCUGAAAUAGCAGGUAAUCUCGUCUGCGAGUAUUUAGCAGACCCUGGGAUACAAAAGCUCGUUCGUGACCCACCAAAGGACCCACCUUACGACUUGAUCAUCAUGGAGAUAUUUGGGGCUCACUGUUUCGCGGCGCUCGGCUACCUAUUGAAAGUGCCCAUAGUGGGCGUGAGUUCGUCGGCUCUCUACCCAUGGACCAAUGACAUAAUCGCCAAUCCCGAGAACCUGGCAUACUUCCCAAACAAUCUCUUCGACUACUCGUCCCGUAUGAACUUCUGGCAAAGAACGUACAAUUUCGUGCACAACCUGUACAACAAAUUGAACUUCAAUCACAUGACGCAGAAGCAGAACGAGAUCAUUAAGAAAUACCUUGGCCCCGGUAUACCGGACAUUAGGGAGCUGGAGAGGAACGUCUCGAUGAUUCUUGCCAAUUCUCACAUAUCCAUGAACGGUAUAAGGGCCAUGACGCCCGCGUUAAUCGAAGUCGGAGGAUUGCACAUUCAGGAAGAGGGGGUGGAACUAUCACCUAGCCUUGAAAAUUGGAUGAACGAAAGCACCCAUGGAUUUAUCUACUUCACAUUUGGCUCGAUGGUGAAAAUCGAAUCCUUCCCACAGAAACAUCUUAAUAUAUUCUACAAUGCUCUUGGGAAGAUAGCACCCGUUCGAGUUCUGAUGAAAAUUCCGAAUCCGAAUGAACUGCCGCCUGGCUUGCCGAAAAACGUUCAUACAUUGCCAUGGAUUCCACAGGUCAAAGUUCUGAAGCAUCCAAACAUAAAAGCAUUCAUCACUCAUGGCGGUCUUAUGGGGACCCAGGAAGCAAUUCACUAUGGCGUUCCAAUGAUCGGUAUACCACUGUUUGCUGAUCAAUUUAUCAAUAUCAACAGCUAUGUUCGAAACAAGAUUGCAAUAGGAUUAGACCUUAACACCCUAACCCAGGAGAAAAUGGAUCAUGCUCUGGAUGCUAUUCUAUACGAUCCCAUAUACCGGGAAACGGCGAAGAAGUUAUCUGUCAAGUUCGUAGAUCGACCUUUGAGCGCCAUGGACACUGCAAUUUACUGGAUCGAAUACAUCAUCAAGCACGGUCCAGAUGCACUCAGAUCACCCGCCAUGGAUCUAACAUGGUAUCAGGUGGCGUUAGUGGAUGUUGCCGUGUUCCUCCUACUUGUUGCGCUUCUGGCAAUUGUCGUUCUGAUAACGGCGCUGCGAUUCAUUUACAAAUUAGUAAACCCAAUUCGACAAGUGUCGCAAAAUAAGAAAGUCUCAUAAACACUUCCAUCUUGAUGCACCGAGAUUUCAAUCGAAUUUCUUUGAACGUUUCCUUAGACUCUAACAAAUAAGUCUCAUUAUUCAAAUUUUACUUAACACUUUAUUUACCGGGAGCCUAUUUAUAGGCUUUUUAAUUGCAGUAUUUAGUUAUUGAUGGUUGUCUACUUACAAUGAUUAGUGUUGGGAAACAGACUUGGCUUUCAAUGUACUCAGUAAUAGUAUGGAGGAAUUAUUGUCAGCCUAGAUUGGCAUAUGCUACUGUAGAAAAUUCUUUUUUGAAUUAAAGUCUGGUUCUAAAUAGCCCGGUAGAUAAAGUGUUAAAACUUCCCAGCUAGCACCAGACGUCCUUAAGACGUCCAUGGGACGUAAAUUUUGUACGUCCUACGGAUGUCCUCUCUGAACUUUCUAGAUUUAGAAAAAAUACUUUUUUUAAACAUAAAAUAAAUAUUUAUUCAAUAUGUAGAAAAGAACACUUUUUUCCGAAUACAAAAUAAUAUUUACAAUAUUAUUAUCCCAGAUAGCACCGGAGGUCUCAUAGACGUACAGAGAACGUUCUGGGAAUGUCCAGCACCCGACGUCUCAUGGACGUACAUAAGACGUCCCUGUGCUAUCUGGGUAUACAGUCAUUAUUUAAUAUUCGCAACAGAAUAUAUGUUUGGACAUGUAAAACAAAAUGUUUAUUCAAUAUUAGGAAUACAAUAUUUUUUGUACAUAUGAGAUGUGAUAUGAACUUCUCAAAAAAAAGUUCAAGUCACUCAGACCAAUUUCAAAAGAAGGAAUUGUGUUUUAAAAGGUGUCCGGAUAUUAAUGCGAGUCACUAUAUAAGCCUAAAAUAUGAGUCAGUUGAGCAAAGGCGUUCAUGGGUAAGUGAUGUGUCACGUCCUGAAUUCCAGAUUUAGAAUAUCUGUCACCUGGUUCGCUCAAAUACUGCUUGCUUUUUGUCCCACGCCUCUUUCAAACAACUUGCAUCUGGACGGGAUCCUGAUCUUUCAUGGGUGAUGGUUGAUUUCUUCUCAUAGUGUUUAAACAAUAACAUCCUGUCCGGAAUGAUUCCUAGAUGUUGAUGUUUGCAGAAGUCUGCAAGUUCUGGGCCCGAAUUUAGUCUUUUUGCAAAAGUGUUAUGUAAAAAUGAAGCUAUUCGACAUAACGACCUAACACUCGGUAAGAGUUUGUUGUCCAUUUUAUGGUGCAGUAGAUGAUAUUUUUGUCCUAUAGCACUGUGUACAGCUUCGACUACCAAACUUAUUUUAGUAAUAAAUCGUGAGGCAUUUGCCUCUGCGGAUGUCAAUUGCUUCCGAUUUCCUUUACAUGCUAGCAUUAAAACAUUAUACCUGCAGUGGACACAAAAAUAUCAUGAACUUUUAAUAAUAUAGAGAAACCCAUUACACAGCCUUGUUUCUGCAUAUACUUCACAACAUUUCGAAAUCCACAGUCCACAAUACAGAAAUCACCUGAUCGUAAAAGUGUCUUUAUUCGCAGAGGCAAUGCCUCACAAUUUAUUACUAAAAUAAGGCUGGUUAAUUAAGAACAUAACUAUACAUUCUUUCAAUUAAUUUUAUUUGACUUUUAAAUAAUAAUCUUUUUUAUAAAAAUAAAUAUUAUGCACAUGUUAAGCAUUAACAAAAAAAUGU